AAGCCGGUUUGGAAAGGCCCGGUUUGGAAAGGCCCGCCGCCUGGGCCGGGACCCUGCUGAGGAAAUGGGUCUGACCGGGCCGGGGUGGGGUGGUGUCUUCUGUCCUCACGCCUGUCCGUGUCCUGCCCGUUCCUCUCACUGGAGCAGCAGCAGGUCCCCCUCCCCUCACCCUGAGACCAAGACUCUGAUCUGCACUGGGCUUCCCACUGUCUGAGGACUUGGGGACCAGAGCAGGGUUCAGGGGUGAGCCCCCCACCCACCCGGGGCCCCCGGGGCCUGUAAGGAGAGCUCACUCCAAGUGGGCGGGCGGAACUAUGCAUUGAGGGUUUCUUGUGGUUGUGGUUGUUCAGAUGCUUUUUCCUUGAGGUUUGCUUAAUUAGAAGGAGUUGGGUUUGGUACACAGUGCAGGCUCUGUUAUUUCGCAUUUGUUUAUGUGACUUUGUAAGUUUUCCCACAGUUUCAAAUUUGUGCCUUCCGUGGCGGGGGUCCCCCUCUCCCCUUUCUCCAGGAGCCCUGUAAUCCAGCACCUGGUUUCAGGGACACCAGGCUGCGCCCUUAAAGGUGGGCAGCCCCAGGGGACGGGGCCAGCAGGGGAGAGGUCUGCUCACCCCAGCACCCCCAGGCCUCCCAGUGCUCAGGGCCCCCCGUCCCGGGCUGGCUCUCCAGGUUGUAAAGGGGACUAGUGACUGGCAGCGUCCAUCAUCCUGGCCCAAGGGAGCCCACCGUGGCCCCCAGAGGAGACGGGUACCAAGGUCAUGCAGGGCCAAGGCUUGGAGCUGGAAGGGCCACCUGGUCUGAAGGAGGGUACCAGGGUGCACCGUGGUUGGGGGCGGUCUCAGUGCUGGAAGGCCUUUCUGGGGCCUGGAGCAGACUGAGGGGAGGACCCUGCUCUGAGGUGGCUCACGGUCGGGGGAGGCCAGAAGUGGGGCCGAGGGGCCACUCACCCAACAGUCCCAACCCUGCACCACAGGCCCGGAAGGCUCCCAGAUGUGAGACACCCUCACAUGGUGUCAGGGGCCCACGCCCUCAGACCUUCUUGUCCCUCCAAGGGUGGGGUCACUACCCCCUCCCCAGGCCUGACUGGUGAGGGGCUGGGCCUCUGCUCCCACACUGCCCCUCCCCAACAGGCCAGCAAGGAUGGGGGAGGCCAAGGGGCCCGGGAGGAGCCAGAGGGGGCGGUCCCCAGACCGUAGACAGGCCCAGGGCUCCGUGAUGUCACCGCGGGUGCUAAGGAGGGGGAGGGGGUAGGGCUGUUUUUCUGGAGAGAGACUUAAGAGCCGAGUGGGACAAAGCCUGGGGCUGGGCGGGGGCCAUGGCGCUGCCAUCCCGAAUUCUGCUUUGGAAACUUGUGCUUCUGCAGAGCUCUGCUGUCCUUCUGCACUCAGGGUCCUCGGUACCCGCCGCUGCUGGCAGCUCCGUGGUGUCCGAGUCCGCGGUGAGCUGGGCGGCGGGCGCCCGGGCGGUGCUCCGCUGCCAGAGCCCGCGCAUGGUGUGGACCCAGGACCGGCUGCACGACCGCCAGCGCGUGCUCCACUGGGACCUGCGCGGCCCCGGGGGUGGCCCCGCGCGGCGCCUGCUGGACUUGUACUCGGCGGGCGAGCAGCGCGUGUACGAGGCGCGGGACCGCGGCCGCCUGGAGCUCUCGGCCUCGGCCUUCGACGACGGCAACUUCUCGCUGCUCAUCCGCGCGGUGGAGGAGACGGACGCGGGGCUGUACACCUGCAACCUGCACCACCACUACUGCCACCUCUACGAGAGCCUGGCCGUCCGCCUGGAGGUCACCGACGGCCCCCCGGCCACCCCCGCCUACUGGGACGGCGAGAAGGAGGUGCUGGCGGUGGCGCGCGGCGCACCCGCGCUCCUGACCUGCGUGAACCGCGGGCACGUGUGGACCGACCGGCACGUGGAGGAGGCUCAACAGGUGGUGCACUGGGACCGGCAGCCGCCCGGGGUCCCGCACGACCGCGCAGACCGCCUGCUCGACCUGUACGCGUCGGGCGAGCGCCGCGCCUACGGGCCCCUUUUUCUGCGCGACCGCGUGGCCGUGGGCGCGGACGCCUUUGAGCGCGGUGAUUUCUCGCUGCGUAUCGAGCCGCUGGAGGCCGCCGACGAGGGCACCUACUCCUGCCACCUGCACCACCACUACUGCGGCCUGCACGAACGCCGCGUCUUCCACCUGACGGUCGCCGAACCCCACGCGGAGCCGCCCCCCCGGGGCUCUCCGGGCAACGGCUCUAGCCACAGCGGCGCCCCAGGCCCAGACCCCACGCUGGCACGCGGCCACAACGUCAUCAACGUCAUCGUCCCCGAGAGCCGAGCCCACUUCUUCCAGCAGCUGGGCUACGUGCUGGCCACGCUGCUGCUCUUCAUCCUGCUGCUGGUCACUGUCCUCCUGGCCGCCCGCAGGCGCCGCGGAGGCUACGAAUACUCGGACCAGAAAUCUGGAAAGUCAAAGGGAAAGGAUGUGAAGUUGGCGGAGUUUGCUGUGGCUGCAGGGGACCAGAUGCUUUACAGGAGUGAGGACAUCCAGCUAGGUGAGGCAGUGCUGGGACACGGGGGCACAGGCAUGGCUACCAGGCCCGGGCUGGGAAGUGCAUCCUGGGAGGGGGGACCUCAGCCUGCUCUCCUCUCACAGAUUACAAAAACAACAUCCUGAAGGAGAGGGCGGAGCUGGCCCACAGCGCCCUGCCUGCCAAGUACAUCGACCUAGACAAAGGUGAGCGGCGGGGGUGACCUCAGCCCAUCUCAGAGCCCUGCCUGUUGCCAUUCCACCUCACCUGGGACAGCCAAGGGCAGGCACCAGCCAGGCCCGGGGCCCCUGCCACCUCAGGCUCAGAAAUCCCUGGGGAGUCCUGCUGGGGGUCUGCCCUGCAUCUCCCACUGUGAUGAGGGUGGAGAACAGACGCCGACCCGUUGGCGCCCUUGGUUUCCAGGGUUCCGGAAGGAGAACUGCAAAUAGGGAGGCCCUGGGCUCCUGGCUGGGCCAGCAGCUGCACCUCUCCUGUCUGUGCCCCUCGGGGCGUCUCCUGAUGCUCCCAGGCUCACCCCCACUUCCAGCGGCCGGUCCCGCUUUCCUGGAAUUUGGCCUGGGCGUAUGCAGAGGCCGCUCGCACACCCCUCUCCCAGGGGCUUGGUGGCAGUAUAGCCCCCACCCCUUCGGCCUUUGCUCAUGGGUGGCCCUGCCCACCCCGGCACAACCAAAAUCCCACUGAUGCCCAUCAUGCCCUCAGAUCCUUCUGGGCUCUGCCCGCUGGGGGCUUGAAGACAUUCCUGGAGGACACUCCCAUCAGAACCUGGCAGCCCCAAAACUGGGGUCAGCCUCAGGGCAGGAGUCCCAGUCCUCCUGGGCUCUGCUUGUUGGGGGCUGGGAGACAUUCCCGGAGGAGGACACUCCCGUCAGAACUUGGCAGCCUUGAGGGUGGGGUCAGCCUCAGGGCAGGAGUCCCACUCCUCCUGGGGUGCUGCCCGCCGCCGAGAGCUCCCGAGGGCUCCUCCGCCUGUACCACCAUGCAGGACUCCAGGCACCAUCUGUUCUCCCCAGGGACCUGGUGACUUGGUGAAUGCCAGCCCUUGCUCCUCUGUGCUGUUUUGGGCCACCUGGGGCUGCACCCCCUGCCCUUUCUCUGCUCCAUCCCUACCCUAGCCUUGCUCUCAGCCACCUUGACAGUCACUGGACUCCCUGUGACUUCCGACCCUGACACCCCUCCCUUGCACUCUGCCUGGGCUGGAGUCUAGGGCUGGGGCUACAUUUGGUUUCUGUACUGGCUGAGGACAGGGGAGGGAGUGAAGGUGGUUUGGGGUGGCCUGUGUUGCCACUCUCAGCACCCCACAUUUGCAUCUGCUGGUGAACCUCCCACCAUCACAAUAAAGUUCCCAUCUGAUUUUUA